GAAGCUCGGGAAGCUGGUCUCGACCGGUUUCUCCCAGCAGCCCUUUUUACACGUGAAUUGAGUUGGGCUAUUCGUGAAACCCGUGAGAAAUUUUUCUUUCUUUUCAGUUUCAGCUUCUGGAACCUAUGAACUGAUCCGGAAGCUGAAAAGAAGGGCCAAAAUUGCGGAGCAAUCAGCUAGUGAGCCUUAGAGAAGGCGAACCUCACAGGUUCCAUUGACACGCGCUCUAAUCGGGCCGAAUCUCGUCCGGGCCAAGAAGUCCAUGGAGGAAGAGUUCACCGUAACCGUCCCAUCUUCCUCCCAAAAUUACAACAACUCUCGGGCUGCGCGAGGGGUUUAGCGCUUCGUUUCCCACCUCCGGCGAAAUAGGGUUCCGGCGAGCUCAGAUGGCCGUGGCGGAGGGGGCGCGGCGGCGGCAGGAUCUGGCGGGCGAGGGGCAGCGGCAACUGGAGGAGGCCGUCGCGGCUGCAUUCCAGAUCCUCACCUCCAUCAAUCACGAACUCUGCAACCCCGCCCUCUGGUCGUCGUCCUCCUCUAGCCAACAGCAGGAACACCAGCCCACGGUUCCUGCAGCACCCGAUUCUCACACCUCUGCUGACGCGGAAGGAGGAGGCGGGGGAGCCGGCCCCGGUGGGUCGCUGGACGAGGCGAGGCACCGAUACAAGACGGCCGUGUCGGCGCUGCGAGCGUCCAUUACCGCCGUAUCCUCCUCUUCUCAGGAGAUUAGGCCACUGGAUGACAAAACGAAUAAAGAUGAGAUUGGUAAAUUGGAAGAGCGUGCAUCCGUUUUGCGGAAGGAAAUUGAAACCAAAAACAAGAACGUCAAGCUUCUCAUGAAUCAGCUCCGUGACAUGAUAUUGGACGUUUCAAUGUGGCAGAGCCCCUGUCCAGCAUGAGGACGUUUCUAGAAAUCUCUGCAUUGAAUCUUAUUGCAUGUUUAAACAAUGAGGGUACCAGGUCUCAUUUGUAUGUUUGUUGCGGUAGAAAUCUCUGUACCGAACCCCCUUCCUUGUUGUGGGAAACUGUUACAGAACCAAUUCUAAAUUUUUGAAGUUGAUUAUC